GCGCCCCGCGCUGCCCUGCCCAUCCCAGGACAUCCCAGCCCUGCGCGCUCCUGUAUGCGGGAGCAGCAGGGGAGCCGCGUCGGCCAGUUCCACCAGCAUGUCCGCUCGCUGCUGCGCCGGCCAGUUGGCCUGCUGCUGCGGUAUUGCUGCUUGUUCCUUGUGCUGCAAAUGCUGCCCCAAGAUAAAACAGUCAACCAGCACCCGCUUCAUGUACGCGCUUUACUUCAUCCUGGUGACCAUCAUCUGCUGUGUCAUGAUGUCCACGACAGUAGCUAAUGCAAUGAAAACUCAUAUUCCCUUCUACAAGCAGAUGUGCGAGGGUAUUCAGGCAGGUGAGAUGUGUGAGAAGUUGGUGGGAUACUCUGCAGUGUACAAAGUCUGUUUUGGAAUGGCCUGUUUCUUCUUUUUAUUCUUCUUGUUCACCAUCAAAAUUAACAACAGCAAAAGUUGCCGAGCAUACAUUCAUAAUGGAUUCUGGCUUAUUAAACUUAUAAUUCUGGCAGCAAUGUGCUCAGGAGCCUUCUUCAUUCCUGAUCAGGACACUUUUCUCAAUGCCUGGCGCUAUGUAGGAGCAACAGGAGGGUUCCUUUUCAUUGCUAUUCAGCUCAUCCUGCUGGUUGAGUUCGCACACAAGUGGAAUAAAAAUUGGACUGCAGGUGCAAACCACAAGCAGGUGUGGAAUGGUCUGCUUGCCUUGGUCACUCUCAUCCUGUACUCCAUUGCUGUAGCAGCUCUGGUCCUCAUGGCUCUUUUCUACACACGCCCAGAGGGCUGCAUGUACAACAAAAUCCUGAUCGGAGUGAACGGCGGCCUGUGCCUCUUUGUGUCCCUGGUGGCCAUAUCGCCCUGUGUCCAGAACCGCCAGCCCCAUUCUGGCUUGCUGCAGUCAGGAGUCAUCAGCUGCUAUGUCAUGUACCUCACUUUCUCAGCACUAUCCAGCAAACCACCAGAAACUAUCCUGGAUGAAAACAACCAGAAUAUCACAAUCUGUGUACCUGAAUUCAGUCAAGGCCUGCACAGAGAUGAAAACCUGGUUACUGGCUUGGGUACUACGAUUCUGUUUGGCUGCAUUUUAUAUUCUUGUUUGACCUCAACAACACGUGCAAGCUCAGAGGCACUGAGAGGAAUAUAUGCAACAGCUGAAACUGAAGUAGCUCGUUGCUGCUUUUGCUGUGUACCUGAUGGAGACGCUGAUGCUGAAGAGCAUGUUGAAAAAAGGGGAGGCCAGACUGUGGUUUACGAUGAGAAGAAGGGCACAGUGUACAGUUAUGCCUACUUCCACUUUGUUUUCUUCCUGGCUUCUCUCUAUGUGAUGAUGACAGUAACUCAUUGGUUCCAGUAAGUGUAUUUCUUUAAUGUGUUUCUUUAAUGCUGAGAAAUUAACAUCUCUCUGUGUUGAGAGGGAAGAUGUGAACAGGA